AUGGCCGUGUCCUGGAGGAGCUGGCUGGCCAACGAAGGGGUUAAACACCUCUGCCUGCUUAUCUGGCUCUCCCUGAAUGUCCUGCUUUUCUGGAAAACCUUUCUGCUGUAUAACCAAGGGCCAGAGUAUCACUACCUCCACCAGAUGCUGGGGCUAGGAUUGUGUCUAAGCAGAGCCUCUGCAUCUGUUCUUAACCUCAACUGCAGCCUUAUCCUCUUACCCGUGUGCCGCACGCUCCUGGCUUACCUUCGAGGAUCGCAGAAGGUUCCAAGCCGGAGAACCAGAAGAUUGUUGGAUAAAAGCAGAACAUUCCACAUAACCUGUGGUGUGACUAUCUGUAUUUUCUCAGGUGUGCACGUGGCCGCCCACCUGGUUAAUGCCCUCAACUUCUCAGUGAACUACCGUGAGGAUUUUGUCGAACUGAACGCAGCAAGAUACCGAGAGGAGGAUCCUAGAAAACUGCUCUUCACAACUGUUCCUGGCCUGACAGGAGUCUGCAUGGUACUGGUGCUGUUCUUGAUGAUUACAGCUUCAACAUAUGCGAUACGAGUUUCUAACUAUGACAUCUUCUGGUAUACUCAUAAUCUCUUCUUUGUCUUCUACAUGUUGCUGAUGUUACAUGUAUCAGGAGGGCUGCUGAAGUAUCAGACAAAUUUAGAUACCCACCCUCCUGGCUGCAUGAAUCUUAAUGGAACCCACUACCAGAAUACUCAUUUACCAGAGCAUUUCUCAGAACAUUUUCAUGAAUCUUCUCCUGGAGGAUUUUUAAAGCCUGAUGAACUUACCCAGAACACGUUUGUGAAGAUUUGUAUGGAAGAGCCCAGGUUCCAAGCUAAUUUUCCACAGACCUGGCUUUGGAUUUCUGGACCUUUGUGCCUAUAUUGUGCUGAAAGGCUUUACAGGUGUAUCCGGAGCAAUAAGCCAGUCACCAUCAUCUCAGUCACAAGUCAUCCAUCAGAUGUCAUGGAAAUCCGAAUGGUCAAAGAAAAUUUUAAAGCAAGACCUGGCCAGUACAUUAUUCUACAUUGUCCCAGUGUGUCUGCAUUAGAAAACCAUCCAUUUACUCUCACAAUGUGUCCUACUGAAACCAAAGCAACAUUUGGGGUCCACCUUAAGAUAGUAGGAGACUGGACAGAACGAUUUCGAGACUUACUACUUCCACCAUCUAGUCAAGACUCUGAGAUUCUGCCCUUCAUUCAAUCUAGAAAUUAUCCCAAGCUAUAUAUUGAUGGUCCCUUUGGAAGUCCAUUUGAAGAGUCACUGAACUAUGAGGUUAGCCUCUGCGUGGCUGGAGGCAUUGGAGUCACUCCGUUUGCAUCAAUCCUCAACACUCUGCUGGAUGACUGGAAACCAUACAAGCUUAGAAGAUUGUAUUUUAUUUGGGUAUGCAGAGAUAUCCAGUCCUUCUGCUGGUUUGCAGACUUACUCUGUGUGUUGUAUAACAAGUUUUGGCAAGAGAACAGACCUGAUUAUGUCAACAUUCAGCUGUACCUCAGUCAGACAGAUGGGAUACAGAAGAUAAUUGGAGAAAAAUAUCAAGCACUGAAUUCAAGACUUUUUAUUGGACGUCCUCGAUGGAAACUUCUGUUUGAUGAAAUAGCAAAAUGUAACAGAGGGAAAACAGUUGGUGUUUUUUGCUGUGGACCCAAUUCGAUUUCUAAGACUCUUCAUAAGCUGAGUAAUCAAAACAAUUCCUAUGGGACAAGAUUUGAGUACAAUAAAGAAUCUUUCAGUUGA